UAAAUCGAAGCGGCUGGAAGCAGAAGAGUAUAAAAACUCCGAGCUCGCUCAAGAAGAUGAGCUACCAACUCUACCGAAACACCACCUUGGGGAAUAGCUUGCAAGAGAGUUUGGACGAGUUGAUACAGUCACAACAGAUAAGCCCCCAGCUAGCUCUACAGGUGCUACUACAGUUUGAUAAAGCUAUUAACCAUUACCUCUCCAAUAAAGUCAAAAGCAAAAUUUCUUUUAAGGGUCACUUGAACACAUAUAGAUUUUGUGAUAAUGUUUGGACCUUUGUGCUCAAUAAAGUAGAAUUUCGAGAAGUAGGAGAACUUGUCCAGGUGGACAAAGUGAAAGUAGUGGCAUGUGAUGGAAAAGCAUCAGCAGCAGAUACUGGAGGUUCCUGAUGCUGACUCAACAUUUCCUGAUCUUUGCACUGAAAACAUAGAAGUGACAACUGUUCCAUAAUGAUAAGUUUUGUUCGCUUUAACCUUCAAAGCAACUUUCACAAGCAGCCGUAGCAGGGCUUCAAGCGUCUGGUUACACUAGGCUUUUGUCAACAGCAUUAACAUUGCAAAGUCAACAAGAAAUGUGAAUUAGAUUUAGUCUUUGUAACUAGUAAAAGUUAAAACUUAGUGCAGGAUCAAGUUUACUAGAGCUUGUUUGUUAUAGUUUUCAGUUCCAACAUAAAUUCUGAAGGUUUAUUCUUUUAGUUAAAAGUAGCAUUGAACACAGCAGAAAGGAGAUUCCGGUCAAGAGUGUGAAUUAUACUAAAAUCAUUAAGUUUUAUAUGUCACUUGUUACAUUAAAUAAACACGUUACUAGUUAACUUUUUCCAGACACAAACUAUGUCAAUUCAUAUACAACCAAUUUACAUGAGUCUCCAAAGGUGGGUAUAAAAGUGUACAAUAAAGUUUAACAAUUAUGACAUUUA